AAAGCCGGCCGGCGGGGCUAUAAAUUGAAAGCCCGCUCUAGGGACCGGCAUCAGUCGCAGCCUCAAGCUCAUCCAGCCCAGUCGCUCCAGCCCAAACAAUAACCAAAAUGAAAUUCCUGAUUGUGUUCGCCCUGUUCGCCUGCGCGGCCGCCGACGUCAGCCACCUGAGCAAGUACCUGCCCCCCAGCAACGAGUACCUGCCCCCCGUCCAGAACACCUACUCCGCCCCCGCCAUCCAGCAGACCUACUCGGCACCCGCCGUCAGCUACUCGGCCCCGGCUGUCCAGCAGACCUACUCGGCUCCCUCGGUGAGCUACUCCGCCCCGGCUGCUCCUUCGGUGAGCUACUCGGCCCCCUCGGUCAGCUACUCCGCUCCCAGCAACGAGUACCUGCCCCCCGUCCAGCAGACCUACUCCGCCCCCGUCGUCCAGAAGACCUACUCCGCUCCCUCGGUUAGCUACUCCGCCCCGGCUGUCCAGCAGAGCUACGCCGCUCCUUCCGUCAGCUACUCUGCUCCCUCCGUGAGCUACUCUGCCCCAUCCGUCAGCUACUCGGCUCCGGCUGUCCAGCAGACCUACUCCGCUCCCUCGGUGAGCUACUCCGCCCCGGCUGUCCAGCAGAGCUACUCCGCUCCCUCCGUCAGCUACUCGGCCCCCGCCGUCGAUGUGGGCACCCAGUACGCCUCCAACGGCGGCUACGUCUACAGGAAGUAAGAGGCCUGCUCCCAAAAACUGAUCCAGUGUACAUACAUACUGCCACAAAAUCACUUUUUUUUUAAAAAAACAUCUUUUGUAAAAUGUUGUGAACAAAAUUCAAUAAAACCAUAAUUUAACAACGAAAA